UUUUCCAGGGUGUACCCCACCUUCCCGCAGAAUGCAGCUGCGAUAGGCUCCAGCACCCACCGCGACCCCAAAAGGGACAAGCGGUAGAAAAUGGAUGGAUGGAUGGACUCUCCUUCACAAUGCCAAAAAAAGAAAGGAUACAGAAAAGGAAGGAGAAGGAGCGCCAGGAAGCAGCUAAGGGUAGCAGACCUCUUAAUGCAUGGCUAAAACCAAGUACUAGCACCAGAAUUCAAGAAAGACCACAGACCUCAGAAAGUGUCACACCUGAGAGAGAGGCAGAGACCUUAGAAGCAACACCUGAGAGAGAGGAGGAGGAGAGUGUAGAAGCAACACCUGAGAGAAAAGAGGCUUUAGAUGCAACUCCUGACACAGAGGAAGCCAUAGAAAUCCCGGUAAAUGUUGGGGAGGAAGAAUCCACAGGAAGGGAGGCAGAUGAUGCUACUGCAGAGGAAGCCAUAGAUGAGGGGGAAGUUGAAGGAGCUACAAGUGAUGUAGGAGAAGAGGUCUUAUCAAAUAUUGCACUGUUAAAGUAUCCUACAGAUCCUGCCCACCAACAAGCUUUUGAUCUAAAAUGUUAUUCCAGCUAUGUCAAAAUGUGUGUUGAUAGAGGACCAUGUCAACCUGACAGGUUCAUGUUGCACUGUUCAAUGUUCAAUAUUAAAAGGGAUGUCAGGAAGCGGCUUGCAGGUAAGAGUCCAAACCCCCCAAAGAACUCCCAAAUUCUGGUUUGUGACUGCAAGCGACAGAUUGGUGAAGCAUAA